CUUGUCAACUGUCAGUUAAUUGUCGAGACUUUUAUGUCAAAAAAACCCAUUUGACUGCUCUACUAGCAAAAUAAAUAAAAUAAAUAUUAACUUCUUGCUGUUAAUUUCCAAUUAAAUCACACGAAAAAUGGCUCUUCACGUCCCUAAAGCUCCUGGCUUUUCCCAAAUGUUAAAGGAUGGCGCUAGGCAUUAUUCUGGCCUCGAAGAGGCAGUAAUCAGAAACAUCAUAGCCUGCAAGGAGUUUGCUCAAUCUGUACGUACCGCGUAUGGCCCAAAUGGAAUGAACAAAAUGGUGAUCAACCACAUAGAGAAGCAAUUUGUUACCAGCGAUGCUGCCACCAUAAUCAGGGAACUGGAUGUGGAACACCCAGCUGCCAAGCUUAUGAUUAUGGGCAGUCAAAUGCAAGACGCUGAAGUUGGGGAUGGUACCAACUUUGUCAUCAUUUUGGCUGGGGCUCUUCUCGAGUGUGCUGAAGAACUUAUUCGUUUGGGUAUAACUCCUACAGAAAUUGCAGAAGGUUAUGAGAAAGGCCUAGACAAAUGCCUAGAAAUUCUUCCUACCUUGAUUACACACGAGAUAAAAGACGCCAAAAAUUAUGAAGAGGUGAAAAAGGGCAUCAAGACAGCUAUUAUGUCAAAACAGUAUGGAAAUGAAGACUUUUUAGCUGAUCUAGUUGCUAAAGCUUGCAUCUCCAUAAUGCCUGAACAGACCACCUUCAACGUAGAUAAUGUCAGGGUCUGCAAAGUGCUCGGUGGAGGUUUACACAACUCAGAGGUGAUCCAAGGCAUGGUCUUCAAAAAGCAAGUGGAAGGUGAGGUGACCAAGGUAGAAAAAGCAAAAGUGGCAGUAUACAGUUGUGCAGUAGACAUCCUGCAGACAGAAACAAAGGGCACGGUGCUGAUUAAAACUGCCGAUGAACUGAUGAACUUCAGCCGCGGCGAAGAGAGCCUUUUGGAGAACCAGAUCAAGGCCAUUGCAGACACUGGGUGCAAGGUUAUUGUGUCAGCAGCGAAAUGUGGAGAUAUGGCAUUGCAUUAUCUCAACAAGUAUGGGAUUAUGAUUGUCAAGCUCAAUUCUAAGUUUGACUUGAGGAGGCUAAGCAAAACUGUUGGAGCUACAGUGUUGCCAAGAUUGACAGCUCCCACACCACAAGAGCUGGGGUACGUGGAUUUGGUUUGCGUGGAAGAACUUGGUGACACCCCAUUGGUUGCGUUUAGACAGGAGGGCAAAGAGUCCAGGAUAGCUACAGUGGUGAUUAGAGGCGCCACUGAUAAUUAUAUGGAUGAUAUUGAGAGAGCUAUUGAUGACGGUGUGAACACAUUCAAGUGUCUGACUCGCGAUGGACGCCUGGUGGCAGGUGCCGGCGCUUGCGAAGCGGAACUGGCGGUACAGUUGACGAAAUACGCGGAUACUCUACCCGGAUUGGAACAAUAUGCAGUCAGGAAGUUCGCCACGGCUUUGGAGAGCUUCCCAAGGCUUUGGCAGAGAACAGCGGACACAAAUCAACGGCCGUUUUGGAGAAAAUCCUGGAGGCGCAUCAGACUGGCAAGAAGACGGUAGGAGUAGACAUAGACUCCGAGAACACGAUCUGCGACGCCGUCGAAAAGGACGUCCAGGACAUUUAUUCCCAGAAAUAUUGGGGCCUGAAGUACGCCGUCGGUGCAGCGGCAACAGUACUGCGCGUAGACCAAAUCAUCAUGGCCAAGAAAGCUGGUGGGCCGAAACCAAGACAGCCGCAAGGAAGUGACGACGAAUCUUAAAAGGCGCCACGUACGAGUAUUUUUCGUAUUUUAAUCUCACUCACAAUGUUCACACAUAAGUAUUUAAUGUACCGCGCAGUUUGUUACUAAGUUUUUGAAAUAAACGCAAAACUACACGCGA